AUGCAGCACUCGGAAAAUGUGACUAAAAGCGUUAGCACCAAAUUUCUCAGACAAACAUUUAUUGCGCAGAUCAUCCAGAGAAAAAAGUUCCCUUUUCAAUUCGUUGAAGUAAGACGCAGCUCUCGUCUCGCUGAUAAAGUGGUCGACUACCGGCCAAUGUUAGGAAUGCGCAUUCCAAAAAAGAAACCCACGAGUAAACGUCGGAAAGAGACCCGCAAAACGCAAAAAGUGACCGUUAUGGCGAAGGAGACGAACACAAAAUGGAUCGGUCGGAUUCCGAAACAUCAACGAUGGAGCAAAAGUAGCAGUGAUAAUGUGUUGCCAGGAAUAGAUGUUGAAAAUGUGGCAUCCGCUUCGAUGAGUGUGACGGUUGCAGAACAGACUCCACAGCAACACGCCACGGAUAACGAUAGGCUCUUUCUGGUGAGGACGACAAGGUCUCUUGCUUGCAACCAUCGCAACAUGACACGCUACCAGAUCAUGGGCUCAAGAAAUUGUGUAAUCGAUGGAGAUUGGGUUACAAGAAUUCGCUCUGCAUUCUCUCGCUUGAUCAGUUGGAGAAGACCAUACACUACACAAGAUAUUGGAAAUGCUGUUAGUCAGACUUUCCUUGAAAUGAGUCCAUAUCAGUUUGAUGAAGCGGUACGGCAGCUCACUCAUCGUAAGACGUGUCUCGGCGGAGCUUUUACCUGCUGCAUGAGUAAUGUUGUGGAUCUGAUUAGUUCACAUAUGGUGGGAAUCUUAAAAUCUCCGAUGACGUGCCGCCCAAGUGGUUUCAAGUUUCUAACUCUUUUGCAAAAAUUUGACUCAGUGGAGAGUCGAACCUGCGUUGUUCCACUGUCAUAUUGUAGGAACAAAAUAUCUUCAAAGUGGAAACAAAAAGGUCGAAGGUCUAUAAGUGGAAUGCAUAAUUACGAAAGUGUUCGAAUUCCCACUAAUCAUUUGAAGCCUUCUAGUUGGGAACGGUUGUGCUGGCAUUGGGACACUUUGCUUUUUCAUGCAUCACUGUUGUGGUCGCGGUGGCUGUGGUUCCUCACGCCUGGUAAUAUAAGUCGCAUGGGCUUCUUCUUAGUUGCUAUUGCUGUGUUCAAACAAGCGAUGACUAAUGACACAUUGCCUAUGGGUGAGCUGGUUCGUCAUGAAAUCACUAUGGAUUCUACGGAGAUGAUUGAAUCACGUCUUGAACGAUUUGAGAAGCAACAGCAGAUGUGGAAGCAUGUUUAUCAAGAAAAAAUGCAAGAAAUAGAAAACACUUUGAAAGUCUCCGUAUCGGAAGUUCGUAAAGAAAUGGAGAAGGCGAUUUCGGAACUGUAUGGAGAAAUGAACAAGCAUCAAAGAAAAUGUGAACUUGUGAGGAAGACUACCGCUCACGAUUUUUUGUCGUUUCGCCGCCGCAACUCUGAGAAACUGAUGACGUUGGAGAACGAACUGACCAGUCAACUGGCUGAUGUAAAAUCUCGGAUUUUAACAGUGACUGAGAGCAUUCGAACAAUAAUUGACUCUCCGGUUAUGAAAUCUGCAAAUAAUAGCACUAAAGCGACCUUAACUGAAGGAAGGAAGAGACAAGCGGUGAACCUAGCCAGCAGAUCACACGGAGCUUACGUGGUGUCACAUCUGAUCUCUAAAGCAACCUCAUCGAAAUCUGUGCUGUUGAAUUUGGUUGAUUUGUUUUUUCCUUUGGAAACGUACAACUUUGCAAUCACUGAACGAACUCACAUCACCCCUUCAGAGGCAUAUUGCUUUGAUGGUUCUGAAGGAACGUUAACGAUAAGACUUUGGGCGAACGCAAGCGUGGAAGCAGUGGAAUACGAACACGACUACUGGCGCGAUGUUGUCCCGAUUAGCGCUCCUUAUCGAUAUGAUGUUAUGGCAUGUAUGGACCAUGAAUGUGAAAAAAGAACCCUGUUGGGUGAAUGUCAAUAUCCUUUGGAUGGGGAUGCCGGCCCUGCGCAGAUUUGUGAGAUGAAGAAUAGGUCAAUAACUACGGAUCAAAUCCAGAUCGUUUUUCGAGCAAAUCAUGGCCAGGAGUACACAUGCAUUUACCUGCUGAGGGUUCUUAAUUGGACGUAUGCUGUGAAUACAUAA